AUGGUUGAGGAACAACGAGCCCAUUUUGAUGAUGAUGGCUUAAUUGAGGAUUCGAAGGAUGAGGCUGUUGUAGAAUCAGAGUUUGUUGUGUUUCAAGAAGUAAAUGUUGUCCAUGUAAAGAUUGAGUUUGUGUUUCAAGUGAAAACUGAGAUUGUGACGGAGAUAAAAAUUCAAGAGGACUAUUGUUUAAGUUGGCUGCUUGAAAACUCUCACCAAAAGUAG